CAGAAAUAAGAAUGAAUAGAAUGGGCUUGGAACUCUAACCCUGGAAAUUGACUGGUAACUUCAUGGGUACACUCCCAAUGGCUGCCUGGUAUUGUGACGCAAUAAUUUCAAUGUUUUUUUGGAUUUUCUAUUCAUUCUUAUUUCUAAGCCAGUUUAAUAUUCAGUAGCAUUCAAGCUUUGGCAACCUCAGAUGAAGUACGAUGUUUUACCGGCUCAUUUUGGAGAACGAAUUAGGCGUGUAGCAUGGACGGCGACGAGGCCCGAAAAGGGUUACAGGAAGCCCCAGAAAGGACAUUCCCUGUAUUCUUCAGAGGAAAGCUGGGGGAGAAGCUCCAUCAGGAGACCCCAGGGUUUGACCUGUUGGACCCCAACAUGAGAGUCAUAGAUGUUAGUUAUAACUGCCUCCACGACAAACACCUGAAGAGUUUUUUCCGCCAUCCGGAAAGGAAGAAGCGGCUGGUGAAGCAAGGCCUCAUCACCUCAAAUGAGAAGGUGCUGUGUACGUGUAAAGAGUACAAUCGCUACAGUAGCUACAUCAAGUCAGUUCAGUUGCUGUGGGAGAAGCAGUGCUGUGCCCAGCAGAAAAUGCUUUUGAAGCAGUUCCUAGUCUUGCAGCAGCAAGGGGAGGUUCCGUCCUACAUCUCACUGACGGAUAUUAGAGAUUGGCUCAUUGCCAAGGGAAGAAACUACUUCAAGAACACGUUUCAGAGUGAAAUGGAAGAGGGGAAGAACCUUCACUUGGCCGAACUGGCUUGGGAUGUGAAACGACGCCUCAGGCUUAAGGAGCUGGAAAGAGAAGUGUGCAGGGAGCUGCGCCUGGAGCGCCGAAUCCGCUGGUCGGUGAUUGGACAGCCUGGUAGCCAGAUGGGAGAUUGGAGACCCCUCGGCAUGGAGACACACACACCUCUGGGAAUGGACUCUCCCUUCAGACACUCCACCUCCUCGAUGGAUACUCUUUCCAGUCACAUCUCGACUGAGAACCUCGAGGUUGCUAGGCUACAUACUGCCAGACCACAUAUUGCCAGACCACAAACUACCAGACCACUUUCUGCCAGACCACCAACUGAAAGACCUCGCAGUGACUCUGAUCACUCUGGAACCUUGUCUUCUGUGAUAACCUGCGAGCCACAUUCAGCUAGCCCGUCAGUGGUAGGUCAUUUUGGUCAUGAAUAUGUUCCCAGCUUUCACUCUUUGGGGGCUGUAGACAUAUUACUGCUUCCCUGUCUCCCAUCUACUGGGAAAUCCAUAUCCAAGUACUGUGGCAAGAAAAAGUAUGUGAACCCUUUGGAAUUACCUGGACUUCUGCGUAAAUUGGUCAUAAAAUGUUAUCUGAUCUUCAUCUAAGUCACAACAAUAGACAAACAAUGAUACUUUUUCAUGUCUUUAUUGAACACACGGUGUAAUCAUUCACAGUGCAGGGUCGAAAAAGUACACUCAGCAAAAAAAGAAACUUCCCUUUUUCAGGACCCUGUCUUUCAAAGAUAAUUCAUAUAAAUCCAAAUAACUUCACAGAUCUUCAUUUUAAAGGGUAUAAACACUGUUUCCCAUUAAUGAACAUGCAUCUGUGGAACGGUCGUUAAGACACUAACAGCUUACGGAUGAUAGGCAAUUAAGGUCACAGUUAUGAAAACUUAGGAAACUAAAGAGGCCUUUAUACUAACCUUUCUACUAACACCAAAAGAAAGAUGCCCAGGGUUUCUGCUCAUCUGCAUGAACGUGCCUUCGGCAUGCUGCAAGGAAGCAUGAGGACCGCAGAUGUGGCCAGGGCAAUAAAUUGCAAUGUCCAUACUUUGAGACGCCUAAGACAGCGCUACAGGGAGACAGGACGGACAGCUGAUUGUCCUCACAGUGGCAGACCUUGUGUAACAACACCUGCACAGGAUUGGUACAUCCGAACAUCACACCUGCGGGACAGGUACAGGAUGGCAACAACAGUUGCCCGAGUUACACCAGGAAUGCACAAUCCCUCCAUCAGUGCUCAGUUUGUCCGCAAUAGGCUGAGAGAGGCUGGACUGAGGGCUUGUAGGCCUGUUGUAAGGAAACCGGCAACAAAAUCGCCAAUGGGCACAAACCCACCAUCGCUGGACCAGACAGGACUGUCAAAAAGUACUCCUCACUGACGAGUCAUGGUUUUCUUUCACCAGGGGUGAUGGUCGGAUUUGCGUUUAUCGUUGAAGGAAUGAGCGUUACACCGAGGCCUGUACUCUGGAGCGGUAUCGAGGUGGAGGGUUCGUCAUGGUCUUGGGCGAUGUGUCACAGCAUCAUCGGACUGAGCUUGUUGUCAUUGCAGGCGGUCUCAACACUGUGCGUUACAGGGAAGACAACCUCCUCCCUCAUGUGGUAUCCUUCCUGCAGGCUCAACCUGACAUGACCCUUCAGCAUGACAAUGCCACAAGCCAUACUGCUUGUUCUGUGCAUGAUUUCCUGCAAGACAGGAAUGUCCGUGUUCUGCCAUGGCCAGCGAAGAGCCCGUAUCUCAAUCCCAUUGAGCACGUCUGGGACCUGUUGGAUCGGAGGGUGAGGGCUAGGGCCGGCGCCUCCCCCCUCAGAAAUGUCUGGGAACUUGCAGGUGCCUUGGUGGAAGAGUGGGUUAACAUCUCACAUCAAGAACUGGAAAAUACUUUUGAUUUUGAACCCCCUUUUUGUUCAGGGACACAUUAUUCCAUUUCUGUUAGCCACAUGUUCAGUUGAUCCUGUUUGGGAUAGGGGGCAGUAUUUUCACAUUCGGAUGAAAAGUGUGCCUAGAGUAAACUGCCUGCUACUCAGGCCCAGAGGCUAAUACAUGCAUAGUAUUUGUAGAUUUGGAUAGAAAACACUCUGACGUUUCUAAAACUGUUUGAAUGAUGUCUGUGAGUAUAACAUAACUCAUAUGGCAGGCGAAAACCUUAGAAUAAUCCAACCAGGAAGUGGGGAAGCUGAGGUUUGUAGUUUUUCAACUCAUUGCCUUUCUACUAUUCAGUGUAAAUGGGGUCAUAUUGCACUUACUAAGGCUUCCACUAGAUGUCAACAGUCUUUAGAACCAUGUUUCAGGCUUCUACUAUGAAGGGGGAGCGACUAAGAGCUGUUUGACUAAGUGUUCUGGCAGAAGGCCAUGAGCUAAGUCAUGCA